CGUGGCGCGCUUUUCUCCCCACCUCUUUAUCACCACUCUCAACGGCCGCGCGCACACUCCGCUAGAAGCGCCUCCUGCCUUCCUUUUUCAUUUUCAACCUGAAGCAACUGGAAUCCACGGGCGAAACCAGCAGAUUGGAGAAGCUUCUCCCAUCCCAUGGCUUCCGCGGCCCCCACGAGCGUGUGCCCCAUCGCGUCCGUCUCCGGGCGCUCGUCGCCGGCGAGCCACCGUGCCGUGAGGUGCUGGAGCGCGAGGAGGGGGAGGCGCCGGAGGUCGGCGGGGCUGAGGGCGAGGUGCGCGGGCGGCCAGCCCUCCGCCGUGAAGCCCGGCCCGGAGACCCCCGCGGACGACGGGUCGGUCGGGGACGAGGAGCAGCCGCACCCGCAGUUCGACCUCAACCUCGCCGUCGUGCUCGCCGGCUUCGCGUUCGAAGCCUACAGCACCCCACCCGCAGACGCGGGCUGGCGCGAGACGGACACGGCCGAGUGUCAGACGGUGUUCCUAUCCGACUGUCGUCACCCUAAAUGCUCUGAAUGGUGCGGUGGAUAUUACAGUGUGUUUCUCCGUGAAGUAUACGAUGGCCAACUAGUCGUUAGGCUGAAGAAAGGCAACAAUCUUCCUGCAAUGGAUCCAUGGGGUACAAGUGAUCCUUAUGUAGUUCUACAACUUAAUGGUCAAACUGCAAAGAGCCAAAUUAAAUGGGGGACGAAGGAGCCAACCUGGAAUCAAGAUUUCACAUUUAAUAUUAGGACAUCUCUAGAAAAUCUACUCCAGAUUGAGGCUUGGGAUGCAAACCUUAUCACCCCACACAAACGAAUGGGAAAUGCUGGAUUGUAUCUUGAAACACUUUGCGAUGGAAAUAAACAUGACAUCACUGUCGAAUUAGAAGGCCUUGGUGCUGAUGGUGGUGGAACUAUUGAUUUGGAGGUCAAAUACAAGAGUUAUGAUGACAUUGAGCGUGAUAAACAAUGGUGGAGAACGCCUUUUGUGUCUGACUUUCUUGAAAAGAGCAGCCUAGGAUCUGCUCUUAGGACGGUCCUUGGAUCUGAGACUGUAAAUGCAAGCCAGUUUGUGCAAUCUGCAUUUGGGCAACUGAGUUCUUUCACUGACACAAACCUUCUAAAGCCAUCGUCUUCUGAUAGUGAAGCUGAGGUUUCUGAAAGGCCUGGAGAAUCCAUGGAUAACUCUAUUGGUUCAGAUGAACUGCAACAACAGAAGAUUGAUUCGAUAGCUUUUGGAGAAAACUCAGAUUCCCAAAGUGAACCUGUAGACACUGCUGCCGUUGUUAACAGUGAGGGAAACACAUCAACCGAUAUGAAGGAACCUGACGAGUACUUCUGGAGUGCUUUCACCAAAACACUCAACCAAAAUGUUCUUAAGAACUUUGGAUAUUCUCUUCCAGAGGCCAAGCAAUUGGAUGGAUUUGACCUGCUAAGUUCACUUGGAUCAAAAUCACGUGAAAUGGCUGAACAGCUAUAUUUAGAAUCUGGACUGGCGACAGCAGAUGCAUCAACCAGUGAUGGCAGCGAAACAACUCCUGAACAUACAGUCAAUGCUGACAAUGAAGAUAGCACAACGCCAGCUAAAGAGGCAGUGCAGGCUUCCUUUCCAGACAUUAAUGAAGUAUCUCGGGAUGUAUUGUCUCAAACAGAGAACGUACUAGGAGCUUUGGUGAUUCUUUCUAAGAACUUCUCAUCUCAAGGCAAGGAUUCAGUAGAUGAAGCAAACCGGAAAGAUAAUUCAAACGCAGAAGAACAAGGUGCUGCAGGUUCUGUUGAUGAGGAUGGUGCUCCUGUUGCAUCCACCGAAGUGUCCAUAAAUACACAGAAAACAGAAGACACACGUCAACUGUUUGCAAGUGCCGAGACUGCUGUGGAGGCAUGGGCUAUGCUUGCCACUUCAAUGGGGCGUUCCAGUUUUAUAAAAUCAGACUUUGAGAAGAUAUGUUUUCUGGAUAAUGUUUCAACUGACACACAGGUUGCCAUUUGGCGUGAUUCUUCACGAAGAAGACUGGUUGUUGCCUUUCGAGGAACUGAGCAAACAAGGUGGAAGGAUUUGGUAACUGACUUGAUGCUUGUCCCUGCUGGACUAAACCCUGAGAGGCUGGGUGGUGACUUCAAACAAGAACUUCAAGUUCACAGUGGAUUCUUAAGCGCAUAUGACUCUGUCAGGAAUAGGAUCAUGGCUCUUGUCAGACAUGCCAUCGGAUAUAUGGAUGAAGAAGAUGCAGAAACCAUACCUAGGUGGCACAUCUACGUAACUGGACAUAGUUUAGGUGGAGCACUGGCAACCCUUCUCGCUCUUGAACUUUCAUCAAGUCAAAUGGCCAAGAAUGGUGUUAUAUUCGUGACAGUGUACAAUUUUGGCUCUCCUAGAGUUGGAAAUAGAAGGUUUGCUGAUGUCUACAAUGCGAAAGUAAAAGAUAGCUGGAGAGUUGUCAAUCACCGAGAUAUCAUUCCAACAGUGCCGCGUCUUAUGGGCUAUUGCCAUGUGGAAACACCAGUUUAUCUUAAAUGUGGAGAUCUAACAGAUGCACUGGCGAAGGAAAUUUUAGAUGAAGACCAAGGUGAUGAGAUAGGCGAGUACACCCCUGACGUGCUUGUUAGUGAAUUUAUGAAAGGAGAGACACAGCUUGUGGAAAAACUACUCCAGACGGAGAUAAAUCUACUUCGCUCAAUCAGGGAUGGCUCGGCCCUUAUGCAGCACAUGGAAGACUUUUACUACGUCACACUUCUAGAGACUGUGAGAUCAAGGUACCAAUUGGUUGAUGAUGCAAGCCAAGAAUAGCACCAAAUUGACCGUGUGGUCCUAUUAAAGUUGUGUGCUGGAACUUCCCAGACCUGACUCGCACUGGAAGGAACGGGAUAUUAAGGGUUACCAAGUGUCCAGCUUCGUUCGACAGAUAUAUAUAUUAAUGGAGCAUUCGCAACCAAAAGAAAUCUGAUCUGGACGACAAAAUAUGGUCGGCAAAUUGUCUCCUGCCUAAUCAUAUGUCAACAUAUUUCUGGCUGGUGAGUGCAACCAAUUGGGAGGUCUGCUCCGAAGACGUGUAUUCGCCAUUUGCAAGCCACGAGGUGUAUGUAUAACAAAGCCUCGACUAAGCCAGACAGCUAUCAGAUGGAUCUAGUCUACACAUUACGGAUGUGAAUGUUCUUGGCCAAUCCUCAUCGACAUUCAUGCUUCCCAGCUGUGAUUUGUCUGCCAGAACAUUCAUGUGAAAAACCAUGUAAAUAAUCGAAAGUCCUGUUAUGAGCUCGAGCGCAUGUGUGCUCGUUAUCUGUCCCGUCGAAUUACGAAGAGAUUCCCACCCCAACACGUAUGGACGCACGUAUUCUUCAAGUAUCACUAUUUUCUUCCA